AUGGCUGGAGCACUACAAAACGCGAAACGUGAUCUCCCCAAGAUCCGCGACGAGGAUCGUGAGUCGCGCUAUGGUCAAGUAUUUGGUGUGUCGGGACCUGUCGUCAUUGCGGAGAACAUGGCGGGUUCUGCUAUGUACGAGCUUGUACGCGUAGGGCACGACGAACUUGUCGGAGAGGUCAUUCGAAUUGAUGCCGACAAGACGACAAUUCAGGUUUAUGAGGAGACAUCGGGUGUAACAGUCGGUGACCCAGUGUUGCGCACAGGAAAGCCACUUAGUGUCGAACUCGGCCCUGGUCUGAUGGAGAAUAUUGUUGACGGUAUCCAGCGUCCCCUUCGAGCGAUUCAGGAAUCCUCCAAGUCUAUCUAUAUUCCGCGUGGUAUCAAUACCGAUGCUUUAGAUCGCUCCAUUAAGUGGGACUUUACUCCUGGACAGUUUAAGGCGAGCCUAUCUCAAGGAACAGCUGUCUAUGAGAACUCGCUAGUCGAUAACCAUAAGAUCAUGCUGCCCCCUCGCGCUCUUGGCACCAUUACCAGCAUAGCAGAAAAGGGCAGCUACACGGUUGAGGACACCGUACUAGAGGUCGAGUUCGAUGGGAAAAAGACCCAGCACACCAUGAUGCAGUUGUGGCCCGUUCGCGCUCCUCGCCCAACUGCCGCGAAGCUUACUGCAGAUUACCCACUUUUCACUGGCCAGCGCGUUCUCGAUUCUCUAUUCCCUUGUGUCCAGGGUGGUACUACUGCUAUUCCAGGAGCGUUUGGUGCAGGAAAGACUGUUAUUUCACAGGCGCUUUCCAAGUUCUCUAACUCGAAUAUCAUUGUUUAUGUUGGAUGUGGCGAGCGUGGUAAUGAGAUGGCUGAGGUAUUGAUGGAGUUCCCGGAGCUCAACUUGGAUAUCGGCGAUCGCCAAGAGCCCAUCAUGAAGCGCACUACUCUUGUCGCCAAUACAUCCAACAUGCCUGUCGCUGCUCGUGAAGCCUCUAUCUAUACCGGCAUCACUCUGGCUGAAUACUGGCGCGAUCAAGGCUCUAACGUUGCUAUGAUGGCUGACUCUACAUCGCGUUGGGCCGAGGCCCUGCGUGAGAUUUCGGGCCGUCUCGCUGAAAUGCCUGCUGAUUCGGGUUACCCUGCGUACCUGAGUACCAAGCUUGCCAGCUUCUACGAACGUGCCGGCAAGGUUACUUGCUUGGGUAAUCCUCAGCGUGAAGGUACUGUGUCCAUCGUUGGCGCCGUCUCGCCUCCUGGUGGUGAUUUCUCAGAUCCCGUCACUGCUGCUACUCUGAGUAUCGUACAGGUCUUCUGGGGUUUGGACAAGAAACUCGCUCAACGAAAGCACUUCCCGUCCGUCAACUGGAACCUCUCAUACUCCAAAUAUAUCCAAAUUCUCGAGGGCCACUACCAAUCCACCGACCCCGGAUUCAUCGGAAGCCGAAACAAGACCAAGGAAAUUUUGCAGAAGGAAGACGACCUGGCAGAAAUCGUACAACUCGUCGGAAAGAGUGCUCUUGGCGAAGCCGACAAAGUCACCCUCGAAGUUGCUCGUAUGCUCAAGGACGACUUCUUGCAGCAGAAUGGUAUGAGCGAGUACGAUCGUUACUGCCCCUUCUACAAGACUAGCUUGAUGCUCAAGAACUUUGUCGCUUUCCACGACUCGGCUGUUGCUGCCGUGACCAAGGGAGAGUUGACCUUCAACAAAGUCAAGGAAGCUACCAGCGAUAUUAUGUUCAAGCUAUCCCAGAUGAAGUUCGAAAGUCCUUCUCAAGGCCAGGAAUCCAUUACCAAGAAGCUUGAAGCUUUGAAUACCGAAAUUAUUGAGAAGUUCAGAGCGAUUGGAGAUUAG